UCAACAAAAUACGUGCGUCAUCUGGUGGUUAACAAAAUUGUUAUUAAUUGUUCUAUUUUCACAAUAGUCGUCAUGACAUGUGAUCUCUAUAAUUUGAAAUCAGUAUCAUCAUCAGUAUUUAUUUAUUAUAAUCUGUUUUAAUGAUUAAUGAUGAAUAACAAAAAACGAAAAGCGUCAGGAGCUUCGAAAAAGAAACGCUAUGAGAAAAUUGAAUUCCUUGGAGAAGGUCAAUUUGCCUAUGUGUAUAAAGCUCGAGAUGUACAAACCGAUCAAAUCGUAGCUGUCAAGAAGAUCAAACUUGGAUCUCGAUUUGAGGCACGCGAUGGAAUUAAUCGGACCGCGCUGAGAGAGAUCAAGAUUUUGCAAGAAUUAUCUCAUGAGAACAUAAUCGGGCUAUUAGACGUAUUUGGUCAUGUUUCAGAUGUUUCACUUGUUUUCGAAUACAUGCUUACUGAUCUAGAAGUAAUCAUAAAAGAUAUAAACAUAUUUUUGACUCCUGCUAAUGUUAAAUCAUACAUAAUAAUGACCCUUAAAGGUCUUGAAUACCUGCACACCAAAUGGAUAUUACAUCGUGAUCUCAAACCAAACAAUCUGCUUAUUGAUGGUAAUGGCGUGCUCAAGAUUGGAGAUUUCGGUUUAGCUAAAUCUUUUGGUUCACCAACAAGAAUACUUACAAAUCAGGUCGUAACUCGUUGGUAUCGUGCACCGGAAUUAUUAUACGGUGCUCGUAUGUACGGUACCGGUGUCGAUAUAUGGUCCAUUGGUUGUAUCAUCGCCGAAUUAGUCAUACGAUUACCAUUUUUCCAAGGCCAAAGUGAUCUAGAUCAAAUGCUUAAAAUAUUCCAAGUGAUGGGCACACCAAAUGAAACUAAUUGGCCAGGUGUAACAAACCUACCGGAUUAUGUGAAAUUUAAUGUGUUAGAGCCUGUACCAUUUGAAAACAUAUUCACAGCUAUCAAAGAAGAUUUAAUACAAGUUCUUCAAUCAAUGCUGGCGUUGGACCCUAAUCGUCGAUGUACAUGUUCACAAGCAUUACAAAUGGCCUACUUUCACAAUGAUCCACCACCAACGCCUACACAUUUAUUACCGAAAGUAAAAAACGAGAUAUCUUCGGAGGAUAUUACAAUCACUGAUCAAGCAUCAGGUGAACCAACCAUGAGUGGCACUAAAAGAGCCAAUCUGUUUAGUUUGGAUAAUGUGGUGGCACCACCACAUGUAAAACGAUUAAAUUUCGAUGAUGAUUGACAUCAAUUAUUG